CGAGCCAGAGCGACACUGAUCCCAGGGUUUGGUCAUCUCGUGUGUCCACUGAAGAGAGCCCCUGAAUCUCCAUCCUGGGCCAUCUACCCGUCCUCAUCAGGUAUCGUGAUGGCCUCGACGUCCCAUGUCCAUGCAGCAGACAGACUACCUACAUCCAGAUACUACGUCGACAGUCGGGAAGAAAGAAAACAACAAAAAACACGCCCACUCACCCCAAAAGACCACUCACACCACAUCGAAAAACAACCCCAUCGUCGCCUUCGCUUGCCCAGACCGUCGCGCAGUGGUACGAUCAUCCAUGACCCGAUCCGGCCGCUCGUCGCCCCUCGCCGCCACCCACCCUAGCCACGCCGAUCUGCGUCUUCUACGUACCUAGGUAGUACUACGUAGUACAUCAUCACUCAUCACUCAUUCU